UGUGAUUCCUGGUGGCUGCCAUUACCUUUUCCUUCUAAUGGCUAUGCAGGUCCCGAGCCUCCUCCUUGCAGCAGUUGUGGUGCUGAUGGUGCAGAGCAGCCCGGGGGCCGAGGGCAGAGACUCCCCAAGGGAUUUCGUGUACGAGUUACAGUGCCAGUGCUACUACACCAACGGGACGCAGCACAUGCGGUUUGUGUGUAGAUUCAUCUACAACCAGGAGGAGGUCGUGCGCUUCGACAGCGACGUGGGCGAGUUCCGUGCGGUGACCGAGCUGGGGCGGGGCAUAGCCGCGGACUUGAACAGCCGGAAGGACGUCCUGGAGCAGACGCGGGCCGACGCAGACAGGGUGUGCAGACACAACUACAAGGCGAUGCUCCUCACCUCCCUGCGGCGGUUUGAGCAGCCCAAGGUGGCCGUCUACCUGUCCAGGAUGGAGGUCCUCAACCACCACAACAGGCUGGUCUGCUCGGUGUCAGAUUUCUACCCGGCCCACAUCAAAGUGCGCUGGUUCCGGAAUGGCCAGGAGGAGACGGAGGGAGUUGAGUCCACACAGCUUAUUCAGAACGGGGACUGGACCUACCAGGUCCUGGUGAUGCUGGAGAUGACCCCUCAGCGGGGAGACGUCUACACCUGCCACGUGGAGCACCCCAGCCUGCAGAGCCCUGUCACUGUGGAGUGGAGUGCACAGUCCGAGUCUGCCCAGAGCAAGAUGCUGAGCGGCAUCGGGGGCUUUGUGCUGGGGCUCAUCUUCCUCGGGCUGGGCCUUUUCGUCCAUCACAGGAGUCAGAAAGGACCCCGUGGGCCUCCUGCAGCAGGGCUCCUACAGUGAUUCCUGGUGUUCUGGCUGAGUUGGGUGUCACUCUGUAGGGCCUGUCCCUGCCCUUGGUUCCAUCUGUGCCUGUCCCUCUCUGAUUCAGAGUCUAGCAUGGUUCCAGCAUACCCGCCAGCUCAGUUGUGAUUCCUUGACUACCCAAGGCUCUGUCUUUUGCUCUGCUCCUGGACUGAUUCCAGAGUCCUUCUGUGUAUUGCAGCAUGAUCUACUCAGACCCCAGGCCUUCUGUUUCCACUGUCCCACGAAGUUGCUGAAGAGAUGCACUGAAA